CCGUGUCCGGCCGUCCCGCGGCAGCAGCUGCGCGAACAUACCGGCAGCAAAGCGUUUUUCGUUCAGGCACCUCGACGGGCCUGGUAAUGUCUACUAGUACCGGUUCAGGCUACGGUUCAGGCGCCGAUAUCUGGCGCCGAUGCUGCGGCCGUCAGAGGAACCAAGACUCGACGUCGUCUGAGUCGCGCAGCUGCUGGACGCGGGUCAAAACGGACCAAUCAGAUGUCGCGUACUUCUGUGUAAUCAGACCAUUUUGAAAAAAACGAUGCGUCUCUCUUCGCUUCCGCUCGGACUCGCGGCGCUGGCCGUCGUGAGCGCGAUUGACGGCCGCCUUCCGUGCGACCGCGGUGUCCUCCUCGAGAAGGCCGGCGUCCAGACGCUAAAGACGUGCCUGGCGACGGCCAACUUGACGCUCGACACGCUCGACAAGGCACACGCCACAGCCCUCUGCGCCGUGCCAGCCUGCGUCAGCGUCGUCACGAUGGCAUCGACGACAACUACAUGUCCGAAUGGCCAAGACUACGCCGGUCUCUGCAACACGACGGCAGCGACGACACCAACAUCGACCACAGGCGCUUCGACGACGACCACGAGUCCCGCGACAACGCUGCCCACAUCAUCGGCGCCAACGUCCGCGCCCACCACCGGCACCCCAAAGACACCAGCGGUUGCACCUUCUAGUGCAUCGGCCAUGUCGCUGGCAACUGUUGUGGCCAUCACAUCAGCCAUUCUUCUCGUCUAAGGCGCGCGAAUGGCUUCGUAAAGUACCUUCGAGCGAAUCCGGUAAACGUGUGUAGUAAAAUGCACUUUGCACAA